UCAGCCCCGCGGGGCCGCCCCGGAUGCCCCAUCCAGCCCCGUCCCUGGCUCCCCGCGGGCCGGCUGCGGCCCCCCCGGGCCCCCCGCGAUGCCGAGCGAUCCGCGGGGAGGCCAUGAGGCCGUCGCCGGCCUCCGGCACCCGCGGGCUCUGGUGCGUGGUGCUGCUGGCGCUGGCGGGGACCGCGGUGUUGCUGCCGUGCCGCUUGGCCGACCGCAACCAGACGGGGCUGUGCAAGGGGCUGAGCCUGGCGCAGGUGCCCCGCGGCUUCCCCGGCGGCCUCCGCAGCCUGGAUUUGUCCUACAACAAGCUGCAGGAGAUCACGGCCGGCGACUUCGCCGGCCUGACGCAGCUGCGGAGCCUGGACCUGGGCUUCAACAACAUCUCGCGCAUCGCGCCCGACGCCUUCCUCUCCAACGUGCUGCUGGAGCAGCUGCGGCUCUUCAACAACUCCCUGGCCCGCAUCCCGGCCCCGGCGCUGCGCCCUCUGGCCAACCUCCGCUGGCUGGACAUGUCCAACAACCCGUACCGCAGCGCGGCGCUGGACGGUGUCUUCGGCACGCUGCGGCGCCUGCGGGUGCUGUCGAUGGGGGGGCCGCUGCUGCGCGACGUCGCCCGGGGGGACUUGGCCGCCCUGAAGGACACGGCCCUGCAGAAGUUCGCCCUCAAGUCGGCCUCCAGCCUGCGGCGCUACGAGGCCGGGGCGUUCUCGUGGCUCAACACCACCGAGCUGUGGUGCGACAUGGCCCUGGACGAGAGCGCGGCGGCGCUGCCCGCGAUGCUGCGGGAUCUGCGGGGCAAGGCGCUCGACUACCUGCGCUUCCGCAACCUCUUCGAGUUCACCUACUACCAGGGCGCCGAGGACCCCUUCUCCGGCCUGGCCGAGCUGCGGGCCACCAAGCUGGUCUUCUACCGGGGCAAGUUCAACGAGAACCUGCUGCGCCUGGCCCUGCUCAACGUGCAGAGGUCCCGCGUCCGCCAGCUGGAGCUGGUGGCCAUCGACUUCGCCCGCUCGCCGCAGUGGAACAGCUCCGGCGUGGGCGCCGUCGCCCCGCGGCUCGACCGCCUGCUGCUGCAGGACAUCAGCAACCCCGACGUGCUGCGCUUCGACUGGACCUUCACCUGGCUGAGCGGCGUGGCCGCCCUCUCCAUCGUCAACGUCAACUUCAACUACGUGCCCUGCGACGCCUGGGGCGAGAUGCGCAGCGUGGAGCUCCUCAACAUCUCCCGCAACCGCCUGGAGGACGCGUACAUCUACAACCAGCGCUGCCACUACCACGGCGUCAUGCCCAAGCUGGAGAACUUGGUCCUGGCCAACAACCGGCUGCAGAGCUUGGCCACGGUGGCCUCGCUGACGAGCACGUGGCCCCGGCUGGCCUUCCUGGAUGCCAGCCACAACGCCCUGGGGAGCCUGCAGGAGACGUGCCAGUGGGGGCACGCCUUGCGCUGGCUGGCCCUGCACCACAACAGGGUGACAGCGGCCACCUUCGGGUGCCUGCCCACCACCCUGGAGUACCUGGACCUCUCGCACUCGCAGCUCGACCGCCUGGACAUGGGCUACUUCACCCGAAGCCCCCGGCUGCGGGUGCUGCUGCUGAGCGGCAACAAGAUCAAGUUCAUCCCGUCCGAGUGGAGCUGCUCCAGCUUGGAGGUGCUGGCGAUCGACGGCAACUCCUUCGGCGUCAUCACCCGCGGCUCCUUCAUCAACAUGCCGCGCCUCGUUAACCUGACGGCCGGCAACAACCCCUACCACUGCACCUGCGACCUCUACGGCUUCUUGCAGGAGACGCGGCGGCGGGGCCGGCCCCGCCUGGGCGACUGGCCCCACAACUGGACCUGCUACCACCCCGAGGCUCUGCUGGACACCCCGGUGGCCUCCUACGCCCCGCGGCCGCUGGAGUGCGACGUGCCGGCGCUGGUGGCCGUGGCGGCGGCCAGCACGGCGGUGGCGGUGGCGGCGUGCGCGGCGCUGUGCUGGAAGCUGGAGGCGGGCUGGUACGUGCGGGCCACGUACCGGCUGCUGCGCGCCAAGUACCGCGCCAGCCACGCCGGCGCCGCGCGGCGCUGCGCCUACCACGCGUUCAUCUCCUACAGCCGCGCCGACGCCGAGUGGGUGCGCCGGGAGCUGCUGCGGCGGCUGGAGAGCGCCGAGCCCCCCUACCGGCUCUGCAUCCACGAGCGGGACUUCAUGCCGGGCCGCUGGAUCAUCGACAACAUCGUGGAGAACAUCGAGAACAGCGCCAAGGUCAUCUUCGUCCUGUCCCGCAGCUUCAUCGACAGCGAGUGGUGCAACUACGAGCUCUACUUCGCCCACCAGCGCGCGGUGGGGCUGGGCUACCAGGACGUCAUCCUGGUGGUCAAGGAGCCCAUCGACGCGCGGGGCUUGCCGCGGAGGUUCGCUCGCCUGCGGAAGAUGCUGGGCUCCAGGACCUACCUGGAGUGGCCCCGCGAGCCCGGCCGCCAGCCCUUCUUCUGGAUGCAGCUCCGCAGCCUCCUGGGGACCCCCGGGGGGCUCAGCCCUGGAGGUGGCGAGGAGGAGACGGACGUGGAUGCCACCAGCACUGCCACCGCCACCAGCACCAGCACCGCCGUCACCGCCACCAGCAGCACGUAGCCGCUGCCCAAGCUCCGCGUCCCACCCUAGGCAACGGCUCCGGCGUGGUUUCGGGGUGCCCUCCCCCCUCUCCAGGCACCCUGGGGUCCUGGAGCAGCCCCUGCCUCAGUUUCCCCAAGCGGAGCCGGGCAGGGAAGGGGGCACCGAGGUCCCCAAAGGCUCGCAGGAGGGCAGGAGAUGGAGACGGCGUCCAGGA